AAUAUUUCUAACGUUAUUGAUCGCCAGGUAAAGGGAAUAUAUAUACAGAUUUAACCUUCCCGGUCUGCAAAGAGAAAAUAUAUUCGAAAAAUCGGAAAAUGUCUUUAUCAAGGGAAAGAGGGAGACGCUUCAAUAGUGGAAAUGAUGUUUUUUUAGAAGAUAAAAGGCCGGAAGAGCAUACAUAUGGAUCUACAGACUUCGAUCACUCUACAGACAAGCUGAAACUACAUGCCACUACGAUUUCUGGAGACUUAAAAAAGUUGCAUAAAUACAGAGAAAAAAUCAAGAAAAAGGAAAAGCAGUUAAAAAGUAAACAUUUGGAAAUUUGCAAGCUAACAUAUAAACAAACUCUAGAUUCUUUAAAGGAAGAGAUUAACGAAAUAAAAGAUAUCCUUGACAAGCGAGACCGAAAACCGGUAAGAACACAAUCACAAAGGCUGCUGAAGAAUGAAUCGAUACCAGAAGAAUGUUCAGGUUGUAAAUGGAAACAAUCUCAAAUACAGACACUGAAAAAACAACUGAGUCAACAACACAUUCCGAACCAUGAUCAAGACAGGACACAGCAGUUAAUAAAAGAAAGGGACGAUGCUGUUGAAAAACAAAAUGAAUUGUUGCAGACAAACAACCCGGUACAGCGUAGGGAGGAGUUAAGGCAACAGAAGGCCUGUCAGAACAGAGAAAUAGAGAGUCUUCGUCAACAAAAUCAAGCCGAAAAAGAUUUAAAGGAAGAUGCCCUCAAAAGACUUAAUGAAGUGUCGAAAACACAUAUCCCCCUACAGCAUUUUGACGAGUUAAAGCAACAAAAUGCCUGGCUGGACAGAGAAAUAGAAAAUGUUCGUCAACAAAUUCAAGCAGAAAAAGCGGCAAAGGAAGAUGCCCUCAGAAGACUAAACGAUGUGUCAAAAACACACGUCCCCGUACAGAGUUUUAACGAGUUAAAACAACAGAAGGUCUGGCUGGACAGAGAAAUAGGAAGUGUUCGUCAACAAAAUCAAGCAAACAAAGCGGAGAAGGAAGAUGCCCUCAGAAGAUUAAAUGAUGUGUCGAAAACACACGUCCCCGUACAGAGUUUUAACGAGUUAAAGCAACAGAAGGCCUGGCUGGACAGAGAAAUAGAAAGUGUUCGUCAACAAAAUCAAGCAAACAAAGCGGAAAAGGAAGAUGCCCUCAGAAGACUAAACGAUGUGUCAAAAACACACGUCCCCGUACAGAGUUUUAACGAGUUAACGCAACAGAAGGCCUGGCUGGACAGAGAAAUAGAAAGUGUUCGCCAGCAAAAUCAAGCCGAACAAGCAGAAAAGGAAGCUGCCCUCAGAAGACUAAAGGAUGUGUCGAAAACACACGUCCCUGUGCAGAGUUUUGACGAGUUAAAGCAACAAAAGGCAAGGCUGGACAGAGAAAUAGAAAUUGUUCGUCAACAAAAUCAAGACGAAAAAGCGGAAAAGGAAGAUGCCCUUCGAAGACUAAAUAAUGUGUCGAGAACACACGCCCCCCUACAGCAUUUUGACGAGUUAAGGAAACAGAAGGCCUGGCAGGACAGAGAAAUAGAAAGUCUUCGGCAACGAAAUCAAGCCGAAAAAGCGGCAAUGGAAGAUGCCCUCAGAAGACUAAAUGAAGUGUCGAAAACACACGUUCCUCUACAGCAUUUUGACGAGUUAAAGCAACAGAAGGCCUGGCUGGACAGAGAAAUAGAAAGUGUUCGUCAACAAAUUCAAGCCGAAAAAGCGGCAAAGGAAGAUGCCCUCAAAAGACUGAGCACAAUGGCGUCAAGUAAACUCCGAGAUAACAAUCCAAAUAUAACUGAUCUUAGUGACCAGAAUAGACCUACAAAGAUUUCCGAGAAAAUGUCAGAACUAUAUGACAAUCAGUGGACUGAUGCAUUUGAUGCCCUGGAGAAACAAAAAAUGCAAGAAAGAGAAAUUAUUUAUACGUUGCUGCAAUCCUUAAUGACUGCGUACCAUGAAUGUUACAGACUGGCAAAUGAACAUUUCUUUGAAACAGUUCAAGCUGCAAUAGAAUGUCCAAGACAGGUUUUACAGCCAUCGCGCUAUCAGGUGGUGAUGACGGAUCAGCUGAAACAGCAAAUCAAGGAAUUCAGAAAAAAUCGAGCACCAAAAAUAAUAGAGGAAAUAGAAAAGAUUGUAAAGCCAAGAAUCCCACUCGCCAGCAAUCGGUCUCAAGAGAUCAACAGCUAUCUGUCAAAGUGUGUUGAGAUUGGUUGGCUAAUGGUUGUUCAAGACCCGUCAUUAGCACUUGUAGAUAAAUCCACUAUUAGCUUUGACACAAACAAAUUCAAGGACUACACGAAACGUGGUCGCUAUAUAGAGUACGUUGUUUGGCCGGCUCUUUUUCUACACGAGAAAGGACCCCUGUUAGGAAAGGGAGUUGCCCAGGGUUGUGACGUUAAGCCAGAUCAAACAAGAAGCCUUGGAAGGGCAUUGGGCAAGAGACAGGGAGGUCAGAAUAGCAGGAUGUUAGAGUCAUGCAUUCUGCAGACUAGUCCCAAGAGACCAGUUGUCGACGAACGGUUCUUUCAAGCACCUGUUCAAGAAAGUGCACGAUCGUCAACAAAUGUAUAAGCUCUGUCCGCAAUGAUAUGACAUCCUAUACCUAACCGCACAUAAUACUUCAUACUAGUUAUACUUAUCAUUUAGUAGAUACGAAUUCACAUACCAAAUUUGGUAUAUUUAUAUGUUGAAAUGUGGGUGUUACAAUCAAAUGCACUAAAGUUUAUGCGUAACUCUACACAUAUCGUAUAAAAAUACGCAUUCAAAAUAUCUAUCAUUUUAGAAGAAAUAAUGUCUUGAUAAAAUGAAACAUUUUUUUUAUCUUAACAUGUUAAACGCCGACUGUACAGUCUGAUAAUACUUUUUCCAUUCAGGAUAAGGAUAAAACAUUAUCCCGUGCAUUAUUUUUCACGAGUUGUUUCUCUGGCUUGAAGCUUUUAUGUAUUUUUGCAUGGUCAUCUACUUGUCAGAUUUUAUUCAUUAACUAAUAAUAACUUAACAACAUUAAACAGCAAAAAACAGUUUUUCGGAGACUGAAACAUGCAAACCAAAUUCAUUUCAUGAACACAGUCUAUCGAAUUUUACCACUGUAAAAUCCACACGUUUGAGAAAAAGUUUAGGAAAUCUUAAAUAAUCAAUACAAAUCAAUCUUUAUAACUCCAGGAUGAACCUUAUUACAACAUUAAGUGUAAUAAAAACUACAUCGUAUUGUGUUGUUCAUUAUAUUUCACAAUCACUUUCUUUUCUGUCAAGAAUAACAAUUUUUGAAUUUCACUAUUUUUCAUUUUCCAUGUAUAAAACUAGUGGAAAAAUAUCAAGCAUUGUUAUAUACGUUUGUGUCUUUUUAACCCACCAUCAUCAGAUGGUGGGCUAAUCAAAUCAUUCUGCGUCCGUGGUCUGUCGUCUGUCCGUCCGUCCUUCCGUUUACAAUUUCUCGUUUACGCAUCUCCUCAAAAAGUAUUGGGAGGAUUUUGACCAAACUUUGUCAGAAUGAUGUAUUGGUAACCUAGUUUUGUCCCCUUGAAAAUCAGACUGGUUCAACAAUUUACUAGUGGCUUAUGGCCCUUUGUUUAUUUUUAUGAUUUACAUAGAUUAAUAUAGCGAAAAUGUUUCAAUUUUUUUGUCCUAAACCACUAGGUAUAGGGCUUUGAUAUUUGGUAUGUAGCAUCAUCUAGCAGUCCUCUACCAAAAACAUCCUAAAUAUUUCCCUAGUGUCAAAUAUGGCCACACCCCGGAGUCACAUGGUUUAUAUAGACUUAUAUAAGGAAACACUUUGAAAAUCUUCUUGUCAUAACCUACAACAUUCAGAUUUGGACAUUAUGUAUAAUUUUGAGUGGCCGGAUGAACCUUGACAUGAGUUGACCUUCAUCUUGACCUUGUGACCUACUUUUACAUAUCUGUACCUACAGCCUUCAAACUUGGACCACAUGCAUAGGUUUGUGUACCGAACUAAACUUUAACCUUGACAUUGACCUAGUGACCUACUUUCACAUUUGAUUUGGACCACAUGCAUAGUUAUGUGUUCGGAAACGAAAUUUUUCCUUGAUUUUGACCUAAUGACCUACUUCCACAUUUCUCAAGCUACAGCCAUUAAAUUUUGACCACAAGUAUAGUUUUGUGUACCGAAAUGAACUUUGACAUUGAGAUUGACCUAGUGACCUACUUUCACAUUUCUGGACGUACAGCCUAGUAACCUAUUUUCACAUUUCUGUACCCACAGCCAUCAAAUUAUGCAUAGGUUUGUGUACAGAAAUAAACUUUGACCUUGACAUCAACCAACUUUCACAUUUUUGAAGAUACAGGCUUCAAAUUUGGACCACACGCAUAGUUUUGUGUACCAAAAUGAACUUUGACCUUGAGAUUGCCCUAGUGACUUACUUUCACAUUUCUAUAGCUACAGCCUUCAAAGUUGGACCACAUGCAUAGUUUUGUGUUCUGAAUUGAAAUUUGACCUUAAUUUUUACGUAGUAUCUAUUUUCACAUUUCUCAAGCUACAGCUUCAAAUUUGGACCACGUGCAUUAACUAUAUGCACAGUUUUGUGUACUGUAAUAAAGUUUGACCUUGAUUUUGACCUUGAUCUAGUCUUGGAAUUUGGAACGUUCAAAAAUGGCUCAAUGGUGGGCGCCAAGAUCACUCUUUGAUCUCUUGUUUAUAUGAAAAUAGUUUUUUCUUGUAGAAUUCAUACUUUAAGAUGUGUAAUUAUUUAAGUGUGCCUUUCAGGUACAUAUAGUAGGGUUAUUAUUACAUUAGCUCGUUCUGGGAUGCUGAAUUCUGCUUGUGUGGAUUUUGCAAGAUCUGAUCUCAUGAGGCGCGCAUGCGCCGAGUGUGAUCCGUCCUCGGGCUUGCAAAAUCCAUGAGAGUCGAAUGCAAAAUUGCAGAUCGAGCUACUGUUGUAAUGACUCUUUAAUUAUAUAAUUUCACCUUUUUGUUUGUUUAUUUGUAAUCGAACGAAAUCUUAUAUGUUUGUUGAUGAUAAAAUCAAAUGAGUUAUGUUUUUGUGUGCGCUAUUUAUAACUGUGUCAGCUCAUGCAUAUCAGUGGAAGUAGUCCGGCAACAUACAAUACGGUUGGAACAAUACGGGAUUUAAGAAGGUACAAGGAUAGUUAUCAGCCUGCUCUAUUUCCUUGUGAAAUGCAAACUGUUAUUUUGGCAGAAUUUAUAUAGGUAUAUGAUAAAUGGGCAUACGUGCCGUCUAAUGUUUAAAUGCCGAUUAGAUCUUAACAAUUCACGUCUGUAUGUGUUUCUGGACAAAUCACUGAGCAGAAAGAAAAUGCUGCUGUACAUGUUGUUCCCUACACCUACGUGUAAUAUAAGAUCCGUGGUCAUGAACAGGAAACUAUACUAACCCAUUUCAAUCGUACAUUUCUCUCUUCAACCCCAAAGCUUGGUAAAUAGAUACUAUGCAUAUUGAACAAGUGCUAAUUUAUCUUCCAUCAUACAUCAGACACUCUAUCUCAGUAUUUUGUAUCGCUGAGACACCCUUGAAAAUCUUGAACGAACUUCCCUAAUGAACUUCCGGUCUAGACGGUACGGCGGUGUGCACAUGUUAGGUGGAACGUAAACAAAAAAAAAAGCAGAAUGUAUUAUAUUCACAAUUGUACAAUUAAAUUCGAUUUGAUGAAUGAAAGUCAUUUUAGAAAUUAUUAUAAGUUUGAAAUCAUUCAAUGGUACACAUUUGUAUUGCUCAUUUAAUUCACAUUGCACAUUCAUUCAUACACAUUCUAACUAAAAGACGAUUGACAUGCAUAUUCCACUUCAGCCAGUCAGAAUAAUUUUGUUAUCUAGACCAGGACUUCAUAAGGUAAGUUAACUCAAGUUUAUUUCUGUAACAUUGAAGAAAAUACAAACUAUGCGGAAUGUCUCUGCAAUUAAAAAUAUGUUGAGGCAAUGUGACUGGUUAGACGGUGAAUACAAGUGGGUCUACUCAUAAUACAUUGGUCACCUUUCAGCAUAGCUUAGUGUAUUAGUGUCAGAGCUUUUUCGUCCUCAGCGGACUGCACUAUUAGAUUUUGAACGCCGUGUUAAACACAAUAUAACUUCAAUAGAGUAUUACUUAACUGAUAUUGUGUUAAUGCAUCAUACAUUUGCCCGGAAUUCUUCAUUAAUGUGCAUCAAAGUCUAGAACUGUUUGAAAGGCGAGCCUUAUAAAUUAUCCAUCACGACUUUUCUAAACUAAAAUUGCAAAAUACUGACAAUGACAUCUUUCCAUAUUCAUUUUAAACUUUUCAUUACAGUUUCGAUCAUAAACGAUGUGUCAAACGCCCACAAAAAAGACGAAAUGUCGUUUCGAACGCGUAGAUGCUAAUUCAGUUGCAUGCAUAUAAUAAAAUGAUCAUUAGGAUUUUUCAAUCUACCAAAGUGGGUCACACUUCCGGUUUGAUCAUUUGUAAUACUUUUAACCUAUUAUAUCAUCAGUAGUUUAGUGAUUUGUUGGUAUAAUAUCGAUUGCUUAUGUAUAUUGUUUAGGAUAUCAAAGCAUAUCAAAGCAUAAUAAGUUGCAUUUUAAACUAAUAACAUGUUGUGACUUAUUUUUACUGCAUACCCUGCGAUAGUUAUUUAUCAUCUAGUGAAAUAUAUAAAUAGUUAAAAUCUA